AUGCCCCCUGGCCAAUGGAGUGGCAACACACGCUCUGUUGAAUGGACAGGAUUCAAUGAAUGCCAGCUUCUGAUAUGGCACGAGCCAAAUACCCGCAACGCCCCACCUGGUACAUCCCGACACAAUUGUGGUGGUCAGAUUCGUGACUCCUAUUCCUCUGGCUCACGAGCACAUAACCAAAGGCUGUGUAUGAAAUCCACGUAUGAUAUCGCACGUCACGGGCAAGUUCAUGAUGGGGCCUUAUGGAAGGACCUUACGAAAAAGCUCAAGGAUUUCGGUUUGGUCGCCGCAAAGCCAGGGUGUGUCUUAGAAGAGAAGGAUUAUGACUCUGACUUAUCCUCUGUGAUCGCCGACAUAAGGUCACAUUUGAAAAAUCCUGGCAGUUUAUCCGGUUCAAUGAUCUUUGGCUCCAUGAGUGGUAUGCGCAAGAGACGCGACGAGCGGCGCGAGGAUAUCAAACUAGAACGUUCUCUGGAAGCUGCACUUUUCAAGACUAAAUGCGAAAACGUUGUUUAUGCCACUCACUGGGGCUGGACUCCGGGAACUGGAGUUUGGGUGUUGGACGGGUCCAAGGAGAGCCAUGAGCGUCUGGCGAACCUGCCGGCUACUUUUGGGUGGAACCACAAAUUGAAAUUGGCUGGUGCUACUUACUAUGAUCACUGGGCGGAGCGUCUUGAAACCCGAGAGGAGAUGCUGCGAGCUGGAUUCACGUUCACGGAGGAUGAUAUCAAGCUCGUCAAGGCCAAGCGAUCAAGUGGCGAAGAUGCACCCGUUGACGACGUGUUCUCUUUGAUCAACCACAAUGCUACCUUGCCACUGGACAGUCAAAGCCAGUCUGAUAUUAAAGAGAGAUCCAACGAUCUCCCUUCCCGUGACAGCUUCCCGCAUAUUACCGAACGCUCUUCUGACGAAGGGUCCGUGGAUGAUGAUGGUGAAUAUUCUCAAAUUGAGCAGCGAUCUGGCAACGUUCCUGUGGAUGACAGUUUCCCCCAUAUCACCGAGCGCUCAUCCGAAGACGGGUCUGUGGACAACGAUGAUGAAUAUGCUCAAAUUGAGCAGCGAUCUACCAACAUCCCUUCGGACGACAGUUUCCCUCACAUCACUGAACGCUCUUCUGAGGAAGGGUCUGUGGACGAUGAUGAUGAAUAUUCUCAAAUUGAGCAGCGAUCUAGCAACAUCCCUCCGGACGACAGUUUCCCUCACAUCACUGAACGCUCUUCUGAGGAAGGGUCUGUGGACGAUGAUGAUGAAUAUUCUCAUAUUGAGCAGCGAUCUAGCAACAUCCCUCCGGACGACAGCUUCCCUCACAUCACUGAACGCUCUUCUGAGGAAGGGUCUGUGGACGAUGAUGAUGAAUAUUCUCAUAUUGAGCAGCGAUCUAGCAACAUUCCCUCGGACGACAGCUUCCCCCACAUCACCGAAUGA